UAUGUAUCAAAUCCCAUUUGCAAGGGUUGUUUGUCUUGUUCAAAGGACAAUGGGUGCAGCCGAUGUCAACAGAAGUUGUUCUUUUUCCUUCGAAGAGAAGGGAUGCGCCAGUUUGGAGAAUGCCUGCAUUCCUGCCCAUCAGGGUACUAUGGACACCGAGCCCCAGAUAUGAACAGAUGUGCAAGAUGCAGAAUAGAAAACUGUGAUUCUUGCUUUAGCAAAGACUUUUGUACCAAGUGCAAAGUAGGCUUUUAUUUGCAUAGAGGCCGCUGCCUUGAUGAAUGUCCAGAUGGUUUUGCACCAUUAGAUGAGACCAUGGAAUGUGUUGAAGGUUGCGAAGUCGGUCAUUGGAGCGAAUGGGGGACGUGUAGCAGAAACAACCGCACCUGUGGAUUUAAAUGGGGUCUGGAAACCAGAACGCGGCAGAUUGUUAAAAAGCCAGCGAAAGACACAAUACCAUGUCCAACCAUUGCGGAGUCCAGGAGAUGCAAGAUGGCCGUGAGGCACUGUCCAGGAGGAAAGAGAACACCAAAGGCAAAAGAGAAGAGAAACAAGAAGAAGAGACGGAAGCUGAUUGAGAGGGCCCAAGAGCAGCACAGUGUCUUCCUCGCUACAGACAGAGUGAACCAAUAAAAUACAAGAAAUAGCUGGGGCAUUUUGAGGUUUUUCUGGGUUUUGUUUUGUUUUGUUUUGCAAAAGUGCACAAAGCUACUCUCCAAUCCACACUGGUGGACAGCAUUCCUGAUCCUCAAACAGUUAUCCAUUUUCAGUAAUGUGGCAAAGGGAGAUACCCUAGCAUGGACUCUGGGUUAUUUAUGCUUUGAUUAGAAUCUGGCACCUGUGAUGACAGGUGCUGGUUGAGCUGAAUCAGUGGGAGCUGACGCAUCUGCACUCUUGUGAUGAGCACAGUGUGUCAUAGGAACCUGUCCCUGGCACAGUGGACUUGCAGGAGGCUGAAGAUCACCACUGCAGAAUGCACCUGUGCCUACUUUCAUGGAUGGCAUGCCAAGCAAGCACUGUUCACUUGUGACUUUUAUUUCUCACAGUGUUCAUUGUCAAAGACAAAUGAGCAUGGAAAAAUGUUUAGUGUCACCUAAGCAUGGUGUUCUCAGCCUCGGUGACCUUCAACCAGUCCUACAAUGAGACUGCCUUCUAGCUAGGGGUAUGCUGUGGAAAUUCCUGCUACAUUUCAUCUUAGUGCUGACAUGUACAGAUUCUGCUGAGCUACAUUCAAAGCUCCUUACUGUAUAUUUAUGCUUUCUGUGUAUAACAAGCUAUACCUGAUAAGAUAUCACUUUGUUUCUAGUGGUUCUUAACCAUGGUCUGGUACAUGGCUGUUCUAGUUUUGAAAAUUGACAAGUGUUUUGUUGCCUCUUGCUUUCUUUUGUCACUAUUAUUUUUGGUGGGGGUGGGGUGGGCUUGUUUCUAAUUGUAAGUAUAGGAUAAGC